CGUGACGUAAAACUGUGCACGUUUCAGUACUUCCAAAGAUGGACGUUAUUUAACGUUAAAUGUUACAAAAGUGCUUACUUAUUAUCGACAUGUUUAGGGUUAGUGAUUUGGCUCUUCUAUCAACAAUCGUUGCUGUACCCAACCUCCAUGAAAAACGAAAUGCCUUCACGUAAUGAAAUAGAAAUUAAACAGCCGAUGCAAGAAUCGUUGUUGAUGAAGGAGACACGAGAGCGUUACGAAUUGAUGGACGAAUAUUUGCGUGAAAGCGUUAAACCAAGAAACCCACCGUUUAAGAAAAUAGUGCUCUGGAAUAGCGCUUACUAUCAGCCUGGGAAUGAUUUCCGCAUUGGACCUGGUCGUGACAAAUUACGUAAAGUAGGAUGCCCCGUGUGGCAAUGCGAACUAACCACCGAACGCUCUGACGUCCAUAACGCAGACGCCGUAGUCUUCCACUACGGCAACUGGACUACGCGGGAUUUACCGAAGCAAAGAUCAUCGCACCAAUUUUACAUUUUCUGGAAUAGAGAUACCCCUUCGUGGCGUACUUAUCUGCCUUUCAAGACUGCCCUAAUGGCGGAUUUCUUCAACUGGACAAUGACUUAUCGAUGGGAUUCGGACGUAGUGAUGCCUUACGGUUACUGGAGCAAGACGAAAAUGGCCGCUUGGUUGGUAUCCAAUUGCAACACAGUAAGCGGUAGAAAUGAGCUGGUCAAGGAGCUCCAAAAGUACGUGAACGUCGACGUGUAUGGCAAAUGUGGAAACAUGUCCUGUCCAAGGACCGAUGAAUUUUAUUGUAGAGAUCUCGCCACCAAAAAGUACAAGUUCUACAUGGCGCUGGAGAAUUCUUUGUGCUCCGACUACGUCACUGAAAAGUUUCUUAACACAUUACAUCACCAGGUAAUUCCAAUCGUUUACGGCCUGCACGGCCAUCACGAGAAGAUUGCUCCAAGGCAUUCGUUUAUCAACGCGGCUGAAUUUGAAAAUGUUAAACAACUGGCCGAUUACAUGAUGUUGCUCGAUAAAAACGAUACGUUGUACAAUCAAUACUUUUGGUGGAAACCGCAUUUUAAGAUACUAAACCGUGCAGAUCAUCAAAAUGUGGGCUAUUGUCACCUGUGUGCCGCCCUCCACAGCAGAACGCUGAUCCCACCGAAAGUGUAUCACAACGUGACCGAAUGGUGGGACGCGAAAGGGAAAUGCGUCUUUUCGCCAAAAAUACUUUGAGUAAA